AUGAAUCCCUACGAAGCUUAUGGGUCCCCUCCCAAUGAGAGGUCGCCAUCCAGAUAUCGCGCGCGAGAUGAUGAGCCGUAUGACCGCAACGACUCAUACCGACGGCGGUCGCCUGUCAACGAUAGACGCCGUCCAGCUCCUCGAAAUCGAUCGCGUUCACCGGUGGGCAUCGAUCGCUACCAACCGGAGAGGGAACGGGCCAAUCGGGAGGAUUACUAUGAGCCCUCAAGAGCCGCUGCAAGAGAACGAGAAGACCGCAGAAGGGCUCCUUCACCCACCGCGGCCAACAUUGAUCGUUACGUUCCUGGUCAAGAACCUAACAAACCGGUGGUCCGCGUCAAUCCUCUGGCAAACCCACUGUCACUGGACACCCAGGCCGGAUUUAGCUUCUUUGCUGAUUGGUGGAGAUGUGAACAAAAAAUAAAGGAAGAAAAGGAGAGAGCCAAACAUGGCGGCAGGAGACCUUCGGAUCGCGUCAAAGGUGAACGAGAGGCGAAGGAAGAUCGUGAAAAGGAACGAGCUCAGAUCCAGCAGGCUUAUGACGAGUACAAGCAAGAAUUUCAGGUGAAGAUGGCCAGACAAUUUGUUCAACAACACAAAGGUGAAGAAUGGUUCAAGGAGCGAUAUGUUCCCGAGGUCCGAGACCCGAUUCGAAAGCGCAUCAUGGAAUCUCGUGAAGGUGCUUUCGAACAAUGGACCAAAGACAUGGAGGCGGGAGUUUUUGACGAGUUCACCCUGGAGGGGAUCUACAAGAACGACAGUGAUGGGGCUGGUGGGAUGGUCGAGAAAGAAGAGGGCGAAGCCGUUGGUGGCGGCGAGGUUCUGGGGGUGUUGGAUUUGGUUCCGGCCAAAGGCGGCGACCUCCACGACGAAUCUGUUCACCAACCGGCAUUGCUCAUCAAGACACUCGCGCCCAACGUUGGCCGAGAACGGAUUGAAGAGUUUUGCCAGGAACAUCUGGGUGAAGAUUUCAAGGGUUUGUCCUUGAGUGACCCUAAUCCGGCCAAAAAGUUUCACCGCAUCGGUUGGAUCAUGCUGCAUCCGGCUGCUUCCGAGGAUGGUGACGCCAUGCAAGAGGUUGAGGUGGAACGAGGGGAUGAACGAGAUGGCGAUGGCGAAGAAGGAGGAGCCAAGCCACCGCCCGAGUCAAUCAGUCCGUCUCAGAAAGCUCUGGACCUGAUCAAUGGAAAGACGAUCACCGAUCCGGUCAGGGGCGAUUUUACCUGUCAUGUGGGUGUUCACAACGCACCCAGUGCACCGAGGAAAAAAGCUCUCUGGGAUUUGUUUUCGGCGCCGGAACGGAUCGAACGAGAUUAUGAACUGGCUCGACGACUCGUCGCCAAGCUCGAUGCGGAAUUGGGCAAAGACGACAUGUCCGGAGGUCUGGCCAAGAUCGAUGCCCGGGUGGAACAGAUGAGGAACCAAGGACUGUUGCAACCUCCACCCAAACCUCGGAAACCCAACUUCGAAGACAAUGACGACGAAAUCAAGUUUGAAGACGAGGGCGAGGAGGGUGAAGAAGAUGAAGAUGAUCAGGAUGACGAAGAGUUGUUGGUGAUUAAGAAGAAGCUGGACUUGAUGGUCGAAUAUCUUCGUCGCGUGUUCAACUUUUGUCUUUUCUGUGUCUUUGAAUCUGAUUCUGUUCAUGAGCUCGUUCGGAAAUGUCCUGGUGGUCACCUUCGACGGCCACGAGCCGGAUUGAGCAGUGCGGCCAAAGCAGCGGCACGAGCAAGCGCGUUGGGAGAACCCUUCCCCGGCAAAAAGAAAGAUGGCCGAGGCGAAAAUGGAUUCGACGAUGAGCCACUCAGUCCAGUCCAAGAGAAACGGGCGCCCAAAUUUAGCAAGAAUGAUCAACAACUGCUGCGGGCCUUCAAUUGGGUCAAAACGUUUGAAGAGAAAGUAUUGCAGCUUCUUGAACCCGAAUAUGUGGACUUGAGGAAGAUUGGCGGCAAACCAGUCGAAGAGGCAUUGGAUGAAGAAAUGGCCAAGUUCGUCAAGCAGGAAGAUGAAGCCAAGUUCCGGUGCAAGGUGCCGGAAUGUACCAAAUUGUUCAAAGCAGAACAUUUUUGGAGAAAGCAUGUGGAAAAAAGACACGAGGAAUGGUUUGUGGCGCUCAAAAAUGAUCUUCAACUGGUAAACCGAUAUGUUCUGGAUCCCUCGCAUAUCGCACCUUCACGAUCCGAUGCCAACUCGAAUGGGCAUUUCCCUCUUCCCAGCAAUCACCACCUCAGCACCGGAACUCCGCGUGGCUUCAGUUUGCAGAAUAUGGGUAUGAACAUGAUGAACUUUGGUCAGAAUACCAUGAUGGGCAUGCAAAACGUGCAGUCCACAUUUGUCCCCGGUGUCAACUUCAACACCGACGGGAUGAAUGGCGGUGGAAGUCACGGUGUCGGUCCCAUUCGGCGUGGUGGAGGCAGAUAUGGAAAUCGAUCAGGACCAUAUGAUCGAAAUCAACGCGGCAGUCAACGAGGGUACAAUAACAUGGGAGGCAUGUUCCGAGGAAGUCUGGUGCCGGGGCUCAAUCCCGGGUUCAUCGCUCAAGGCGGAGGCGGAGGUGGAGGAAAAUGGGGUGAUGGUGGAGGAGGUGGUUUGAACGCCGUGGGACCUCGAGAGGCUGUUCAGGGAAGAAGUAUCAAGAGCUAUGAAGACCUUGAUGCUCAACCGAAUGGUGGUGGAGGUGGUUCUGGUGCUCGUGCUGCGGCAGACACAGGUGGGGGGGCCGAGCUGGACUAUUGA